CUCGAGCUUACUACUUUUGAAUCUUGUCAGCCUCUAUUAUUGUUGGAGAAACAUGACUACUACUUUGCUUCCAAACGCUAUCGUGCUCAACGUCCGAACUGCAGCAACAAACCCUUAUGUGUACUGCAAGGAUGACAGCUCGGUGGGUAGCGGAAGCGACAGCGUGUUCAACACGGGCGUGAAGAUCACAGUUGAGCAAGCAACGGUGAACAGCAAAUACGUCCACCUCCGAUUCACUUACAACAACAAAUAUUGGCAAAAGAGCACAGACGACAACCACAUCGGGAUCCGUCGUGCACGCUCUUCGAGCCGAACCUGCUAUCAAACGCGGUGGUGUCUUUCACUCACGUCCAGACGGGGUGGCCCGUGGUGAUCAACAACUCCACCAGCAGUUUGUACGUGGACGAAAGCGGCAGCGGCAGCGCCACGGCUCUAGGGUUUGUGGAUGGGAACACAAUAGUCCAGUUGCCCACUCACAUAGCCCUGCAAGGAGACAACGCGAUGUAUCUGAAAGCCUACGACUCACCAGGUGGCAGCUGGUACCUGCAGUUCCAAGAGAGUGAUGCUAACAAUGAAUUAUCGGCGCAAACGGUGACCCUAAUGCCCAACGGAUACGUCCGGAUACUCUCCAAUCAUUUUGGAAAGUUCUGGUGGACGGACACCUCUGACUCUGAUCAAUGGGUACACGCUGACUGGGAUGACAGCAAGGGAAGUGAAACCACCAGCUACUUCUGGCCUGUCAAAAUCGACAAUACCACCAUAGCGCUUCGAAGCCUAGCCAACGGAAACUUCUGCAAACGUCUGACCGUGGACAGCAACUUGUCCGACCGUCUAUCUGCCUCGGUCAGCACCAUCACAACUGAAGCGAGAAUGCAGGUGCAAGAACUGGUGUCCCAAAGAAAGGUCUACAACGUGACGUAUCACAUGCAGGAUGCUAUGAUCUAUAACGAGGCGCCUUAUGUGGGGGGCUCAUCCACCGUCACCAACUACAAUGAUGAGGAAGCCUCCAUGGAAGUGUCCAUCCAGUAUCAAAACGUGAUCUCUUAUACUUUCAGCCGCGGGACUUCGGUCACAGCUGGGGUGAGUAUCAGCAUAGAAGCAGAGAUACCCUUAAUUGAGGAUACAACGAUUGAAACUUCUUUUAGCAUAGACUCUACACUUCAAUGGGACACCACCACAACUACUACCACUUCAGUUACGGCUACAGGCACCGUUCCUGUGCCCGCUAAUUCAACGGUGAUAGUUAGUUAUGUUGGGACAAUGGGCACCUGCAACAUCCCUUAUACUUACACUCAGGAAGACGUGAGCUCCACCACCGGCGAAAUUACCUACUACAGUCAGACUGAUGGUAUCUACAACGGAGUCAGUUGCUACAACUUCGUCUUUCAAGUCGAACCAGUCCAACCGCUUCAGUCUGCCUGAACAUUCAAGUGCCUUGCACAUCGAUCACCUUUGCCUUUCAUCUGUCUCUUGAUUGGUGCUUUAUGUUUUCCCGAUUUCCAUUUUCCAGUACUGUCAUUUGAUGUUAUUUCUGUUGUACCCACCUACUUUCCUUUUGCUUCAUUUCAAUAAAGAUCGAUGUCUUC